GCCGACAAACUCCGCACACAACAAGAACUCGAGCGCCUACAAGCCAAAUACAUCGGCACGGGACACCCCGACACGACCUCAUGGGAAUGGCGAACCAACAUCGCACGCGACACCUUCUCGUCCAUUGUGGGCCACCCGCCGCAGCUGGCAUACCAGUCUCUCGCCCUCAACGAGCCCGCCGCCAAGCUGCGCGCCGAGCUCAUCCGCAAGAUGAUCCAGCCGUGCGGGCCGCCGCCGCCGAGAGAG